AUGCAUCCUUGGGCGAUCUUCUUCGAAGGCGUGGACAACCCUGCCGGAAAAGUUCGCAAAUACCGUGACUGGGCCGUACGGAUCAGGACGCUCUCGAGCGAACUAUGGCAGGACCUAUCUAAGACGCUCGAUGCGUACGAGAUAUUUCGUCUGAAACAUGUAGUCUAUUUCCAGGAUCUUCCUGAUUCUCACCCACACCUUCUCGCCGUACAUGAGAUCUUCGACAAACUAGAAAUGCUGAAGAAAACCCUUCAGUCAUUGGUGGAGCGCUGCAACGGUUUGGCUCAGGACCUUCUGGCCUAA